CUUGUAGUUGCAGAUGACAGUUUUUGAGGUUGUUAAUUUGUUGUUUGUUGUAGGCUCAGUAAAGUUAUUUAUUUACUUUUUUUGUUGAAAAUGAUUAAUAUAUUAUUACAAUCUUAAUAUUUUAAUAUUUACGAGCCAAAAGUGUCUCUCUUUUCAUGUUUCAAUUGAUUCUAAUCAAGGAAAGAUUAAUACUGUGGAAAUGUACAGCCCUGCCUGCUACUCACGCCGGAGAUGGACAUACCCUAAAGAUGAAGAUAGGAACUUUGUAGCUGCUUUCUUCCAUCUGAUAACUGUUGUGCUGAUCUGUACGUCUCUAGUUCAGCUUAAGUGGUUCAGACUCUGGGGAGGCCACUGCGUUGCUCAUCUCUCCACCAACCAGUUCUUCGGUUUUGGUGAAUUCUAUGCCACAACUCAGAGCCAGUACCAUCUAAGGAAUGGGGGUCUCAUCACAUCGCCCAGUGGUUACGUGAUUCACUAUAAUACUUCCACUGAGUCGUUGGCAUGUGUGACGCCUGAUGUUGCCAAUCUGAUGCACAUUUUGAUCAUUCUCGCAGUCCUCUCCAUGUUCAGCUCGUCAGUGGGUUUCUGCCUGGACAUGGUAGGACCGACCAGACAUUAUCUGAAGCUUUUACGUCGAAAUGCUGUACCAAGCAUUACAACUGUGUUGCUGGUGAUCACAAUGGUGGGGACUAGUUACUUCGUCACCAAGUCUCUCGAGGUAUCACUGUACGAGAUGAAGAUCCAGUCAGAUAUGCAGAUCACUUAUGACUAUGGAUGUUAUGUUGUUACUGCUGCUGGGUCAUUCUCAAUCCUAGCAACUGCUUGUAACCUGCUGCAAUCUCCAGUCAUGGUAGAGGAUCCUCAGAGGCAUGCUCGGCUGGUAGAGGACUGGGAUGGGCCAGAGACAUUCUCCGUGGGGAUGCGGAACAUGCCUCAUCCCCCUCCCCCUUACACACCGUAGAUAAUUAGACUGCAUAAUUGCUUAUAGAGUUCAAGCCUUAAUGAUCACUUCAAGUUAUAAUGAACAUUAAUUCAAUGAUUCAGUUUUUAAUAUACAGAGUGUAAGGUCGCUAAUGAAGAAUGACUAUUGUGUCAUUGCUAUAUAUUGGGGUGUUGAAAUCUUUAUUAAAAUAUGUAAAAUCAGGAACAAGAUUGUAAAUCUUAGAAGGAAGAAAAAGCACCAUUUUUUAACUACAUAUAGUGGAAUUAUAAAUUCACAACAGCAAUGUUUAAAGUUUGAUUUAGACAACACUUUAGGUUAUAUUUCUUUUGCUGGAAAUGCACUGUCGUAUGAAGUGAAUCGAAUAUAAUUUUUUAAAUUUAAAUGUUGAUCAUUUAAAAAAGUAACUUUGUAUAAUUUUUCUCUGGAAUUGUUGGGUGUGCUAUUUAAAAAGUUAAUCAGUAAAUUUUGGAUUUUGUUAUCAUAAAAAAGGAAUGUAGUAAAGUCCAUUCAUAGAAUCAGCUUUACACUGUUUUAAAUAAGCAUCCUCGAUGACAUAACACUCACUGUGUAUAAUUUUCAGCAUCUUAGAGGUCAGAUAUUUUGAUGUUUUGACUUCACAGUCUUCUCAUGUUGUCUAGAUAACUGUUAUGUUUUUAAAUGUUAUGUUCCUAAAUUCACAAAUCUGUACCCCUCUGUUCUCUAACUGCCAAGUGGUUAUGUCCAACAUACCAUAUAAUCAUUAUUAAGAUAUUCAAGGAUAAUUUCAGUACUACAUUGUAUAAUAUUAGUAUAUUGCCUGACAUGUUCUAUAGCAUAUAUGAACAAUAUUGUGACGAUUACGGUUCCUGUUUAUAACUCCUUGCAACUUUUUUCUGUGAAAAAACUCAAGACUGUAGUGUCAACAUUAUUUAUCAGGUUUUUCGAGAAUUAAGAGCAAUGGAGUGAUUAACUGAGAAAUGAUUAAUUUUGUACCUAUCUUACUUAUAAAACUCUUUAUCAAGAUUGUUGAGAACCAAAGAAAGGCAGGAUCACAUUGGCCACUUUGCUAUACUUCAUAACUCUGUUAACACCUUAAAAUAAAAGACUGUGGUAAUCAUUAACAAAUAGUUAGUUAAAAAAAAUCCUGUCAUAAACAAUAGACCAAAACUCUAUGGAUAAAGGUAAAAUAGACCUAGAAUACCAUUAGGGACGUUUUUAUUCAAUUUUCAGGUUAUUUGUAGUUUUUUUUUUUUGUGUAAUCAUUUUUCUCACAUAGGAUCCAGCCUACAUUAUAAUUGGGUUUAUUUGACCUGGGUCUAGGUCUAAACCUACUUUUAUUAGUUACAAAAAUGUAAAAAAAAUCUGUCUAUACUUCAUUCACACUUACGUGAUAAAGCUGGCACUUGGUUGAAAAUCAUCAUAAAACAGUACAUAAUUUGUUUAAUUACUCCUUUAAAUGAGUUAACAAAAUAUUUGUAAACGAGGACAAAUAUUUAGAUAUACUCAGUGUAUAAAAUAAAAUCGUUUUAUUUGUAUUUCCAAUAAACAAUGAUGGUUGUUUUAAAGCCUUGUGUCAUACUGACACUAAAUUUAUAACUUAAUUAGCGUUAGGUAUUGAAAUAAAUUUUAGGAUUAGCUUUCUAGAUUGAUGCUUAAUGAAGUAAAAAAUUAUGCUUGUUACAUCAAUGCACUGACUUAAGCAAUUAUAAUUACACACUGAAUAAAGUGAAACAAAAUCUGAAUUUUCUAUAAUUGUAUUGUGAAUUUGAACAGACCUUGUUACAAUAAACUAAUAUACUAAAAUAAUGUUAUACCAAACACGGAAAGUGAUGACAAAACAUAUAUUAGCUCAAAGCAGGAAUAUUACUUAUUGCAUGGUUAUAACAACCAUAAUACAUUAUAUUAAUCUCAGCACUCCUUCAUUUAACAUAUUAAUUUUGUAAGUUUUGGUUAUACCAUCUAAAACUUUUCAAUCAUUUAUUUAAUAAUAACCUUUCCAAUUACACAACUUUACAAAAAGUUUCACUGGUUGCAAAAAUUCCUUAUUUGCUACUGAUGAUUGUUGUGGCUAAUCCAUGUUACAGCUCUACUUCAAUGAUCAGCAGCAUCACUGAAAUUAUCUCUGUGUCAUCUGCAGUUUGAUGUCUGAACUACAAAGCCUAACUAAGUACAAAGCAAUAAGAAAUAUCAUCUUAUUUGGGAAAAAAGGUUACUUAAUACGUUAUUUCUGAACUGUGGCUAGAAAUUCUUAAGUCUAGCAAUUUCUUUUUGAAUGAACUGCAAAUACUGGUAGGUGAGUGUCACCCCACAUGAGAAGGCACAGGGAAGGUACUCUAUGAAUUAAAUCAGCCACAGCUUUGACUAAGAUCUAAGUUCAAAUGUGGAUUCGCUAGUAUAUUAAUUUUUUCUGAGCUCUGAUGAUAUCAGUGUAUGUGUUUUUAUAGCAUAUCCACACUAUUCGCCCACUUCAAGUGCAUUUAGUUGAUUUGAAUAAUCUCCGUCAGCGCAAUCACUAUGCAUUGGUUGGUGUGCAUUAUCUAAACCUGUUGUUGGUCUACAUGAAAAUAAACUCAUUGCAAUGGCUGGCACACUGGUCUCCGGUAGUAUUUAGUAGCCUACCCAAGGUUACUUGCCUGUGUUGAAUUUCGUAUAUAGCUCUGGCGAGAUAUAGCUGUAUUCCUAAAUGAUUUUAUUGGCAUCACUUAGUAGUUACCACGGCCUCAGAAAUGUUAACCUCAUGAUCUUCUUAUUGAAACUGAUUGUAUUUAUAAGCAAGUCUCUGCACCCAUGAUGAUAUCAGCAUGGUGUACAUUUUGAUUUUCAAUGUUGGGACCAUGAUGACUUAAUAUCAGCAUGAAUAAGAGAUCUUUAAAUUAAGGGAUGUAAUAAGGAAAAUGUAUAAAUUGUUCGUAGUGAGGGAUUAUAGCAAGAUUCUUAAUUGUUAUAAAUAAGAAAUAUACUGUUUAUCGAACA